AUGGGUUACGUGUACGCGUCGCACAAGGAGAAGGUCAUUAACAUUGUAUUUUUUGCUUGUCAGUUCUACGGCAUUACUGUGGGUGACUCGGGAUAUCAUUUCCUGGAUGUGGUGAUAGACCAUGAUUCCCUCUGGGGUUAUGUGUAUCGGAGAGGCCAAACUGUAGCCACUGUGCCGGAGAGCGACGAAAACGUGAUGAAAGAAGAAUUGACGAUGUUGAUGGACCGCGUGUAUGAGCGUGUGAUGGGGGAAGCACUGGGUAAGCGAUUCGAAGCGACCGUGCUCGAUUCCGAUCCAAUCGGUGCUCGAGUGCAACUUAGUGCUCAGUUGGACAAUGGGGAAUUGUUUUGGUCCAAGCGGACUGAAAUACGGAACGCGGUUCUGCAAAUUGGAUUGGAGAUAUCGGAGUUGUAUUUGCACGGGCUAGUGUACAAGAAUGGAGAAGUGGCCCCCUGGAAGAAUGCUUACAACGAUCCAGAAGGGCCGACAAGUCAGGUUCUUCAUGAACAAUUGAAAGAAACGCUGUCGCGAGCGAUUCAAGGUACGCCGAAUAUACCGGACUCUGCGGUCGGGCAUGUUGAAUUAUUGGACGUGAAUUCGAUUGUGGGUGCCCAGGUUGUAGUGACAGUGGAUGAGGAUAAGUAUCCUUGGGAGAGUACUGAGGAAGUGCUCCUUCAGAUGAACAGGUCGAUUUUCAGUUUUGACCCGAUUUCUGUACGCAUUCAUGGGGUUACUGGCCAUCAAUUUCAAUUACUUGUUGAAAAGGUGUUGUGCGUUCAAUCGGAAUCCGGUGUGUCAAUCCCAGUCCGAUUCCUGGUAUCAGCCCGCAGUCCGUCUAUUCUGGGCCUGCGAGCAAUGUGGCUACUAGAAGGAUCAAUCACACUACAUACCAACAACGAUAUGCCAAUCACCUCACAUUUUCAACAUUUGAUUGCACAAUGUUCCGAUGACCUGGGUGGCAUGAAGUCCGAUACCGAGUUUGCGCUAUUCGAUUUCGAUUCCUAUUCCGAAUACUACAAUCAUCCAGUUGAGGGAGUUCAUGAAUUAGAACAACCCGUUUGUUCCCCAAUUUCCGAGCAUUUGUUGGGUUAG